UUUAUCAUCCACAGCCGGCCUCCCCAAUUUCUCCCUCUUUCUUUUUCUUCUCCUCACUAGAAUCCGAUCACUCCGCUCGUCAAUUUCCGACCAAAGAAUUAACCGGCGGCGACAGGAUAUUUCCGGCGAAACCAGGCCACUGGCCGAGAUUCGAAUCAAUUUCACGGGGAAAAUUCAGAUUCAUCUCUGCGAUUAAGUGAAACUGAGAGAUAGUCCGGCAACAAUUGCGCCAAAGAAAUGGACAAUAACAACGAGGAAGAGAAUCACACACCCAUUGUAGUAAAGAUUUUGUUCUUCGCUCGAGCCAGAGAUGUGACCGGGACGAGCGACACAUCAUUGGAAGUCUCACCAGGUACCACGGCUCACGAUUGUUUGAAUAAGCUUAUUGCUAUAUUUCCAGGCUUGGAAGAGAUUCGUAACUGUAUGGUCAUAGCUGUGAACGAGGAAUACGCCUCGGAAUCGACUCUUGUCGAACAUAAAGAUGAAUUGGCAAUCAUACCUCCUAUAAGCGGCGGGUAGAAGAAUACUUCGAUGGAAAUUAUACGAUUAUAUAUGUGCCAUUGUGUAAUCGAAUGGAUUGUCUGAGCUAUGUAUUGUGUUGCAUUUGAUUUGAUCGUAUAUAUGUGAAUCAUCCCUUGUAUGGGAGGGAAAAAAUUGAAUUACUCGCCCGGGGAAAUCCCCGGUUGCUUAUUCAAUAAUGUCACGUAUCAUGUUGCAUU